UGUGCAGCCCCGGGGGUGCCGGGGGCCGGCUGCGCCUGCGCCGCGGGCGGGAGGGCCCGGCCCGACCCCGCGCCUCGCGUCCUCGCCUCCCCUGCAGCCGUGGGCACGGGCACGUCGCUGGCGCUCUCCUCCCUCCUGUCGCUGCUGCUCUUCGCCGGGAUGCAGAUGUACAGUCGCCAGCUGGCCUCCACCGAGUGGCUCACCAUCCAGGGGGGCCUGCUAGGCUCCGGCCUGUUCGUCUUCUCGCUCACUGCCUUCAAUAAUCUGGAGAAUCUGGUCUUCGGCAAAGGAUUCCAAGCCAAGAUCUUCCCUGAGAUUCUUCUCUGCCUCCUGUUGGCUCUCUUUGCAUCUGGCCUCAUCCACCGAGUCUGCGUCACCACCUGCUUCCUCUUCUCCAUGGUUGGCCUGUACUACAUCAACAAGAUCUCCUCCGCUCUGUACCAGGCAGCGGCUCCUGUCCUCACACCUGCCAAGGUCACUGGGAAGGGCAAAAAGAGAAAUUGACCUGAAUGUCCAAUAAAGUUGAUUCUUUGUAGCUCC